CUUAGGAGAGAGUGGCACGUGUCUAAUCGCCCACGUGUCGAAUCGGCCCUUCGCCAAAUGCCUCCUCCUGUCCAAUCGGCUAGGUGUGCAAUCUGCCACGUAUCCAAUCUGUCCCGUGUCUGAUCAGCACCGGAGAGUUGGUGCUGCGGAUUGUUUCAUAGCGAUCGAGAAGUCGAAUCUUAGCUAGUGAUGGCGGAAGUUCUGCGGCAAGGCAGUGUGCAGUUUCUUGAGGAUCUCGCUGUCACAGCCCGGUGUGCUGAUGUGUCGUCGAAGAGAGCACCUACGAUGGCGUUUGGCCGCGCGAGAUUAGAUGGUAAUGCGUGCAGCAGGAGGAGGAGGGAGAGGAGGGAGAGGUGUGAAAGUAGUAUCUCCGGCGGGAAAGUAUGUGCAGCUAGGUCGUCGAGAGUGCGCAGCUUUCAAGAGACGAUGUUGCUGUCGGCCAUAGCUUACGGGGAUAGAGCCCGACGGCAAGGACGAGGAAGGGAUAUGGCGGGGGACUCCGGCAGGGCCCCUUCUAGAGCGCAGCUCCUUCUUGGCUUGUCUCUCUCCCGAGUCCACGUGGCAGCAGAUGACGUCGUUGCAUGUCGGGAUCGGGCGGAUCAGAUGGUGGUGACGUGUCAAGCCGAAGGUAAUCGAAGAAGAAUGAGCGCCGGUUCUUCUCUUCGGGAGGAAGACGACGACGAAGACGAUGAUGGCGAUGGCGGCGGAGAGUACAUGGGAAAGAUGAGAGUGAUGGGCAGUGACGAGGAAGAACGUCACGAGGAGAUGGAGGUCUACGAUGGAGUGGGGUCAACAUGGGGUAUAAAGAAGAUGCAUGAUUAUGAGGAGGACGAGGAUGAUACGAGGACGCGCAAGUUGAGGGAAAUGUCGAGAACUGCAUUGAAGUUUCCAGAAGAGGACGUGAAGAAGGCCAAGCACCUGAUUGCCAAUUUGAUCAAAUCGGGAGACGAAAUCGAGGAGAACAUCGUUGAGGCCGCGGACAAUGGACUUUUAAACGAGAUUGUACUUUAUGUCAUCAAAAGGCGGCUCGAGCUGGCCCGGUUGGAUUCAGAGAUGCUGUCGCGCAUGGCUAGCCCGGCUCUUCAGUUCCUAAAUGAGCUGAUGCACAUGAAGGAAGGGGAGUCGCAUGCGCAGUGGCAGCGUGAUGUGAAGAAGCGGAUGCAAGAGACGUUUUGCCCAGAGAAUCUUCGUGGAUUGAUGGCCAUGGGCAUCACAAUGAGUGAGGAUGGUAGAGUGGAAAUCCCUGAAGAUGAUAAUAGCAUCUUGCGCUUUGACUUCCUUCAGGAGAUUGACAACUUGUUGGCGGAGACUGCUGGAGCAGUUGAUCCUGUUGCACUCGGCGAGCUUGGCAUGGAUGGAAGGUCCGUUGCCUUCCGGUUGCAGCAAGAGGAAAGGCUGCGUAUCAUCAACCAAGUAAAAGAACUUAGACGGUUGGCUAUUGAGCUGAAACUAUAGAGAUGAGAUCCGUUGCAUGCCCGUUGCACGAAGAAGAAAGGUUCGUGUUAUAAAGCAGGUCGAAGAACUGAUACGUUUGUCAAAGAUCAAGCUGAAACUUCAGAGAUGAAACCAUUUCAGCGAUUCCUCGUAUCUUCUGAAGUUGGGAUUCUGCAACUAUUUUUCAAGUUCAGAAACUCUGACCUUCACAGGCUUUGAAAGUCGGAGCCUUUUGUACGAUAAAAUGGUUUCAUCCUCCAGCCCCCAGAAGGCUGGAGGAUGAAAUGUGCUGCUCCUCAUGCAGAGGUGAAAUUUCAGGUCCUAUGAUACUGCAAAUGCAAUAUGGUCUUGCUGCUUGCAAGGAGGCAAAGAAUGAGUUCAGGACCUUGCUAGCUUAGAGCCUGAAGAGUUCAUGAGUUUAGGAACUUGUAAAUUUAGAGGUUUAGAGGUUUAUGUUUCAAAAUUCAUAGAUCUUUUUGUGGAAAGAAAAAAAACAAAUUCUGAAUUUUCUU